AUAAUUGCUUUAGAAAACUUUGUUAAUGUUAUGGAUAAAGAUGCGGAGAUUAAUCCAGCAGUAGCUGCUAUUCAAAGUCUUUUACUACUUAUUAGUAAAUGUGAUGUUGAAACUUUGUCAGAAUUGAGAGAAACACUAAAAAAGGCCAUAAACCUGAUGACUAACACAGGAAAAAACGUGACAUCUGUGUCAUCAGGGUGUGAAUUGUUUUUGCGUUUUAUUACGUUAACAUCUUUAGAUCAACCAAAUUUUCAAGAAUGUACUAAAGUGUUAUUAGAGAGAGGGAAACUUUAUCUUGAGAAAAUUAAAAAUUCCCGUCAAAAAAUUGCCAAGUUAUGCAAUCCUUUCAUUAAAGAUGGUGAUAGCAUACUUGUACACUCCUACUCACGUGUUGUUUUGAAGGCCCUUCAAGAGGCAAAAGCUGCUAAUAAACGUUUUAAAGUUUAUGUCACUGAAUCUGCACCAAAUUUUUCAGGCAAGCAAAUGAUUAAUGCUUUAAAAAAAUCUGGAAUAUAUCAUAUAAUGAUCUUGGAUUCUGCUAUUGGUUAUAUAAUGGAAAAAGUAGAUAUGAUACUUUUAGGUGCAGAAGGUGUUGUUGAAAAUGGAGGAAUAAUAAAUAAAAUUGGCUCUUACACCAUCGCCUUAGUAGCAAAGACAUACAAUAAACGACUUUACGUGUGCGUUGAGAGCUUUAAAUUUGUUCGUCUUUACCCGCUUAACCAACGAGACAUACCCGACCAUUUCAAAUACUCCCCCGAUAUUCUUAAAAACGAUCUAUGCGAAAAAAGUAUAUCGCCUACAAUUACAAAUAACGAUAACUACGAGGAGAAUGGCACUAUUACCCAUUUUAACAAUAAUUGUUUCGAAUCGGCUCACCCUGCUGUUGAUUAUACUCCGCCUCAAUACAUAACGCUACUCUUUACCGAUUUAGGGAUUCUUACUCCCUCGGCAGUCAGUGACGAACUUAUAAAAUUAUAUUCAUGAGAGCACUUGGUAAAGGGUAAUAUAAUUGAAAUUGCAUUCGAAAAAAAGUGGCAAGCGUAUAUAAUACAAAUUGUAUAUAUAUUUAUUUAUUAAUAAAAAUGGACGUGUAAUAUUUAUUAUACUUCCCCGUUGUUGUA